AUGCCCCCCAAACAGCCACCACCAAGAAAGCAGACAGUAAGACUUUCAGGGCAAAGCCUUCGACCCACCAGUCCAGUAAAGGGACGGCACAAGCUCCGAAACGUGCUGACAAUCCCCAUGGGCCGUAACGCUCGUGCAAAUCGUCUUGCUCAAAAGAUGAAUUCCCUGCUUGACCCAGAGCCACCAGAAUCGGUGGCACAGGCCUCUGGACUCGGGAAAGAGCAAAAUACAAUGCUUAAAGAUCAAAUGGAAGUGGAUGAAACCAAUAUGACGGGCGAAGAUGUGUGGGAAGACAUGGCGUCAGAUGCAGGGGCUGCCGCGGGGUCUGCCGCGGGGUCUGCCGCGGGGUUGGGUGUGGGGGCUGGACUGCCGCCAUACAUUCCAGAGAUUCUUGCAAGGCCCCAUGGUCUUCAAAGGAAACCACGUGCUACACAAGCCUCUUCUGUCUGGAUCCAUCUCAUUCCUGACCUUGCCCUCUCUCUCCUGGCAUUUCGGAAAUCAUCUUUUGCAUGCCCACCCACAUCUCUUGCUGCAACCAUCUAUCAAAACUGUGACAACCUUUCCUGUACCCAAAAUAAAAUUCGGGUUCUAUGUCUCCACAUUGCACAUUUUCAACAUAUCGAUGUGCAAGCAUGUUCUUGUGUUUCACCUGCCACUGUCCUACUGGAACAUGGUGCUCUCGCCACCUCACCUAGCAAGCCACAGAUUGCUGUUGCAGUGAAUACAUUGGAAAUAUACCAAGCGUUAUUUGAACGCUCCUGCAUUGCGAUUCAAGCAUUCACCAAUGCCCUGACAACCCUCUAUAACACCAGAGGAUUCGAGCUCAUGUCCAAGACCUUUGAUGGCGAACAUGCUACUGAUCCUCUACGACAAGCCCUCUCCCAGGCUGUGCAUGUGUACAGCAGCAUCCAGCGGCAUAUCCGAAAAAUGGUCAAUGAUGCCUUGGCCACGGAAUAUAGUCAAAUCAACACCAGAUUAUCUUCCACGGAUUCCAUAGCUUCCAUCUACAAAAGUUCCCCCGAACAUGCAGAGUCAUCUCCAUCAGUCUCGAUGACAGGACCUUGCCAGGCGUCCAUGUCAGAUGCACCCCCCGCUGCACCCCCUGCUGGGCAUCCCGUGGCACCCCCCGCCGCACCCCCCGCUGCACCCCCCGCUGCACCCCCCGCCGCAACCCCCGCCUCGUUCAUCCCUGCCAACCGCACCAUUGAAUCUGAUGACCAGUUUUCACUGAUUCCUGGAUCUGCAAAUAGAGUCCUACAAAGUCGGUGUCCUUCGUGCUUCUCCCUGAAGGAAUGGGGCCGUCCACUUGCUAUUGGUGGGGAUGUACAGUUUGGUGCUGAUGGUUGCUUCAACUAUCGCCAUCUCCGCGCUGCUGGCAACGGACCGUCCUUGUUCAGUCAGGAGUACUUCUUGACACCUGAAGAGGUUCACAAGGUCAAAGAAACUGUGCUUUUGGCAAGGAAAUCUCCGAAGCCCCUAAAAGAGUUUCCAAUUUCUGCUGAUAUUGUGGAGGCCUGUGGAGAGUCAUGGACUGCUGCAAAUGAGAACAAACAAAAGGGGGACCCAAAGCGCUAUGAUUCCACUGGCAUCUUUGCACUGACAUGUCGUCAUUCGCAAGUCCUGUUCAUGUGUGACAUAGACACACCAGGAGAGCAGCAGCACUACAUAAUUGCGCUCUUGGAGAAGGUGGCUUCACUGCUGCCAUCCAAUGCGACCAUUACACAAUGCUAUGAUAUUGGUUGUGUUCUUGACCGGAGUAACAAUCUGGCUGCGCGUCGAAUAGCCACCCUGGAUGAAUUUGUUUCGUUUGUCAAUCGUGAAGGCAUCACCAGUCUGGGGAGUUGGAUUGAACGGCAACGAAAUAAGAACAUUCCACAGAAAUAUAAUCAAGCAACACGACGGAUCAGCACUGCAGGCGUGACCAUUGUGGAUUUGCGAUCUCACUGGCAGGCUCAGCUGACCGCCCAGGUAUCACUUCAGUCCAGCCCACCUGUUCGUGUCCAACGCGAGCUGGGCAAGAUAGUCAGCCUUCAAAAUCAAAUCGAAGAUAUCGAUGACACUCUGGAGCAACUCCAGAAGACCAUUGACGAUCGACAGAGCUCUAAUUCAGCGCACAUUGCGAUCAAAGAUCUGCAAUGCACUCAUAGCAAGCUUAGUGAACAAGCUGUGCAUCUGUACACUUCCCUUGACCUGGAGACUCAUUACCCAGAACUGGCUGGACUUCCCUUUGAAUUUGUUCAAACACUGCUGCUGAUGAGGGAUCUCAAAAUACAGAUACGAAAACAAGCGAUUGGAACAUUCCUAGAAUGGGAGAAUUUAGACCGUGCUGUCCAAGGACGUCGGGAGCCACUGGGUACAAAGCUUCAUCAAGCAGCUCGGAAGGCCCUUUCAAAACGUCAGCCCACGCUGCAUCGUCUAAUCGACAAGUUCAACUCCUUUUGCUCUCGACUGGAAGAAAUUCAGCCCCCACACUGCUCUGUUCCUAUCCCUCUCCCACUGCCUACCAAACUGAACGAGCUUAAGUCUCACACCAACCUCUUCGAAGAUAUAUGGAUCACUCCCUCCGAGGGGGGUGUUCCAUUGUGGCUGUGUGAUGAGAAUGUCCGGCAGGGAAUUUCCAGUCUCCAUGUACUUGAUCGCUGUCAUGAGGAAGACCUCCGCCUGUCCCGAGAGAGUGAAAAUAUGCUACGCUGGAUUGAUCAGGAGUCUUUGCUGCUCGCGUCGGCCAAGGAGCGCCACUCGAAUCAUAUUCUGCACCAUGAGCUUGAACAAGAAGCCAAAUUCCUCUCGCGUGUUUCUUCUAGAUGGCGUCGUCAGUUGCAAAUUCCACAACCUCUGCUUCUGGCCAUUGAUCCAUGGUUGACCACCCACUCGCAAAAUUCUGCCCCUGCGGCACCCCCUGCGGCACCCCCCGCGGCAUCCCCCGCGGCACCCCCCGUUGCACCCCCUGCCGCCGCUUUACCCUCUGACCCUGCCGUCAAUUUGUCAAUGGUUGAACCUGUUGAAGAUGAUAUGAAUGAGUCCCCAUGGGCUGAUUCUGAGAAUAUAUCCCCGGAUGAAGUUGAGGCCUGUCCUUCAGACUCCGAAGAGGCCCUUGCUGUAACAGAUAUGAUGGAAACGGAUGAUGAUGAAGACACAGCAACACUCGAGCGUGAUCAUUGCCAUGUCCAAGUUUCCUGGGCUUCCCUUGCAAAAUCUCGAUCCACUUGUGAUACUCAUUUCGUGAGAGAUCUCACAGCACACGUCACAAGAUUUCCUGUGAUACGUGAUCUUCAACCCCGUGUUGUUGCUCUCCCUGGAAACCUUCCCACCGUUGUCGUAGAUCCCAACGAUUUAGCGCUGCUCACGGAUUCCACAGCCCGACUGAAUGGACACAUCCUCAAUGGUGUGUCAGCAGCAGUUCUCUCAUGGUGCAUGCAACCCUUCUCCUUGCAUGCACAGUCUGCGCAGAGAUGUGCUCUUUUAUCGACCUAUGAUCUGCAUCGCGUUCGUUUCAAUGCUCCCGAUAAAGCUAUCUGGAAAAGUCUGGCUCCUACAGAGUAUUGGAAAAAGUCGGUCUGGAUUGUUCCAGUCCACCGACAAGCCCAGGAGCACUGGGCUCUUGUCAUCGUCCUUGUACACGAACAAAAGCUCCUCCUCUUUGACAGCUUGGCUCAGAAGCGUCCGUGGUACACUGAUACAAAGAAUGUUAUGUUACUGGUGACCCGGAUGACACUCCUGGCACAUCGAAACGGACAUUCGCUCCCUUUGAGCAUGGACGGGGAGGCCUGGACUGCAGAGCCCAUGAUUUCUAUCGCAGUCCAGUGCAACAGUUACGAUUGCGGUGUUUGGGUCCUUGUCAUGAUUGCAGCUGUUCUCUGUGGAAUGCUGGGAUCCAACAUCACUGAACCGGAAAUUCCUUUUCUACGACACACUCUCACCAACUUCAUGCUGACACUUCCAUGCAAAUCGUCCUGA